AUGGUUGUUCCUGGUUUCUUUGAAUCCACCAACAGCUCCGGUGGAAUCAUUGCUCUCGAAUCAGUAACCUACGCUGUCAUCGCUUGCCUGUACAUCUACAACUCGUCGGACCGGAGGGAGAGGAUCAUUUCGAGAAUAUUUCUCGGUGUGGUUGCUCUAGUGAUCGUCGCGGCAGCUCCCAGUCCCAAGGGCAAGACUGCUCCCGCGACGGUCAUCGCCUGCUGCAAUCUCGUGGCUCUGUCGGUAUACUGCAUCUGGAAGAUUUGUGGGCUCGUGCAGGCUUGUCGCCGGCGACGCACUCGUGCUGCUGAUGCGGAGGCGCCACUCGCGCCGGUACAGAAAGAAGAAGACGCAGCAGCAGCAGCAGGGUGUGGUGCGAGUACUCCCGUGCUGCAGCCGACCACGUUCCACAUCGAGGACCUGCCAAGGAAGUUCUCGUACGACGAUAUCCGUGCCAUGACCGGAGACUUCGGUACCGUGGUGGGGCGCGGCGGCUCCGGUGAAGUGUUCCGAGGCCUCCUCGACGACGGCAUGGCGGUCGCCGUCAAGCGGAUCACCAGCGACAAGCCCGUCGGCGAGCAAGACUUCCUGCGAGAGAUAUCCAUCGUGGCGAACGUGCACCAACGCAGCCUGGUGCGCCUCCUGGGAUACUGCCUCCCGCGCGGGGUCGCCGGCCACGGCCAGUACCUGGUCUACCCGUUCUUCGAGCACGGCUCGCUGGACUGGUGGCUGUUCGGCGGCGAGGAGCGGCGGUGCCUCCUGCCGUGGCCGACGCGGCGCCGCAUCGCGGUCGACGUCGCCAGGGCACUCGCGUACCUCCACCACGAGUGCCACCGACAGAUAUUGCACCUCGACAUCAAGCCGGCCAACAUCCUCCUCGAUGGCGGCCUCCGGGGGCACGUGUCGGACUUCGGCAUCUCCAUGUCCAUCGCCCAGGACAUGACCAGCGUCGACACCCGCGGCAGGGGCACGCUCGGGUACAUGGCGCCGGAGAUAUGGGUCAGCUCGCUGUCCGCCAAGUCCGACGUGUACAGCUACGGCGUGACUCUCCUCGAGCUCGUCAGCGGGCGCAAAGGUUUCGAGGCCGGCAGAGACUCGUCGGAGACGCCGGACCUCUUCGCGCGCGUCGUGAGGGAGAAGGCGGCGCGUGGGGAGCUCAUGGAGGUGGUGGACGCGGCCAUGGCGGACGUGGACGAGGGGGAGGUGGAGGCGGUGGUGAAGGUGGCGCUCUGCUGCGUCCAGCACAGGCGUGAUGUGAGGCCCAGCAUGCUAACGGUUGUGGACAUGCUCGAAGGCCGUGUCGCCGUCGAUCUCCCGCUGGAGAGCUGA